AUGGAGAAAAAUACCUCUGGUGCAGAAUCAUGCAUGGAGAAGAAGGUGAAGCUAUUCGGGUUCGAGCUCGAUUCGUGUCAAAAACGGAAGGAAAUUUCAGAAGGAGAUGAAAGUGUGAAUUCAUCAUCUUCUUCUACUGUAACAUCAGGAAGAGAGAAACCUGCCUUAGAGAAGGGAGAAAACGAGAAAUUCAAUAACGAAAUAAGCCUUGUUCCCGAUAAAUUAGGGAUCGAUCGAGAAAAGAAGAAAUUGGAGUGCCAAUAUUGUUUAAAGACUUUUGCGAAUUCACAAGCAUUAGGAGGCCAUCAAAAUGCCCACAGAAAGGAAAGAAUGAAGAAAAAAAGGCAGCAGCUUCAAGAAAGAAAGGGAUACAUGAUCAACUAUUACAACAAUAUUCAGCCCUUUAAGAAUUCUAAAUCUUCUGCAUGGUUUUAUGAUCCUUCAUGUCAUGCUCCAGCUGAAUUUACACUCUAUGAGGAGUCUCAAAUCAGCUUCGGCCCGUAUCAAUGCCUUCCGUCUCAGCAAGAUUCGCCUGUGUUCAGCCUUACCUAUCCCGAUGAUAAUAGGUCGAUAGAUCGGAAUACGAGGCCAGUCGUCGUCAACAAGCCCUCGUCUACGCCUAAUUCGAAGAGUAAUUGUAAAACUUCAGAUCUGAAGUUAGGGUUGAGUUUAGAAUAA